AUGUCUGAAUCAGACAAAUCGUGACAAGAGGCCAAAGUAAAUGAAGACCAAGGAGAUACUCUCACAAUAAUCGAAAAACUUGACAGAGUUAUAAGUCAUGUCAAAGCCAAUAGCGUAAAUACUCAGAAUGAUAAUGAGACAAAAUCAAAGAAAAAACUUUGCUCUGUGAAGCUCAAGAUGACUAACUUCAGAAAAGAGUUUUUACUAUCUCCUGAGCCUAAGAAGAAAUCCUUGAGGAAGUCUUCGCCUGAGGAUAAAGAAGAUGAUGAUGACGAGUUUAAUUUUAACGAUAUCGCUCCAAGACAAAAAUCCCAGAGUAUGAAGUUCAAGGAGACUGUACCAGUGAUCAAGAAAGUCACUCGGGCAAAUCGUAUGAAGAACUUUGAGCUAUCAAAAAUUGAGGAGUCAGAGUGAGAGACAUUGGGGCAAGAAAGCAGUGAAUAUUUCAAGAUUACAGAGAGCAGUGUUUUGCUUGAUACUGAAGGGGAAUUCAAAGGAAAAGCAAGACCAGCUAAAGAGACUCAAGGUUCCAAAGCGUCUAAAAUGAAACAGAGACUAGGCACAACAAGUAAACGCUCGACUCAACGCAGUCAAGACACUAAGUCUUUCAUGAAGAAGAGGAAGGUUGAUGAAAAGAAUGAGAAAGUUAGUCAAGGGUUAAAGGAAGUUCACCAGCUAAAGAAGAAGAAUAAGGCUAAGGUUAUUCCGAGACAUAAUCAUGUCUGGCUUCAUCAUGUUAAAGGCGAUGGGAGAAUCAGAAAUAUGCUAAAAAGUCUCUCUCCAAAGAAAAGAUUGUCGACUGCUAUUUUAAAUAUUGGGAAUAAUCCUUCUUUGCAAAAAUCAAGAGUUCACUACAAAAAUGAUUACAUACAUCUAUUGAAAAUCUGUGAAAAUAUUAUUCGCAAAAGACUAAACGAAAUUUCAGGAAAUGAACUUAUCCAAUAUCUUUCAGUCCCAGGAGUUGGAAAGAUUCAGAAAUUGCUGAAACAAAUCAGGCAGGAAAUAAAUCAUGUCAGAAGAGUGAAAGCCCAACCUAGUUGAACUCUUGCAGACCAAAUGCCUUUAGUCACUAAAAUAAAUAUUCUCGCGCUUGAUUUAAAAUCUGCUGUUAAUAAAAAGAUUAUCCAAUUAAAAUUCCUUGCAAAAAAACCAUCUGAGAGAAAGAUUUCCAUACCUGAUCAGGAGAUAAACAGAAGUAUGGUUGAUACUACUAUAAUAUCAACUCUUCCAAAAAUCAAGGAGACCAAGAAACAAAAGUUUUUAAAGCGAUUGAAAAGACGUCUGCCUAAAGGUAUUUCAACAAGAAAUAGCUCAGGAUAUCAAACAUUCGAGAGUAGGAGGAUCUCAGCUUCUACUGUUUUUAAGAGCCUUAAAUUUACAAAAGUUGGUAUUUCCAUCCCUCGUAAGAGAAAUCGGAUCAGAUUGAGAAGGAAUAUUGAUAGUCUUCGAAGAUCAAUUCAACCCUCUUUAAACCGAAGUUUUGUGCUUUAAUCUUACCUAC